CACAACAUUGCUUAUCUUUUCGAAUCAACCUCUUUCUAUUAUGUCUUCAACUAGCGUGAUUGGAGUUUCCAUAGCGGCCAUCAUUUACUUUCUCAUCCUCCUUCGCUUCCUCUUCAAGAAACCUCUUCACAGGUUAAUUACUAUUAGCUGGCCAGUGUUGGGGAUGAUACCAGGUCUUUUGUUCGUGCUCCAUCGUCUCUAUGACUUCGCUGUGGAGCUUCUUGAAAUCAAUGGGCUAACAUUCCCAUUCAAGGGACCGUGGUUCGCGGGAAUGGAUAUGCUGCUCACUGUUGAUCCAGCUAACAUUCACCACCUACUAAACUCAAACUUCUCAAAUUUCACUAGAGGUUCAGACUUUAGAGAAACCUUUGACGCCUUUGAAGAUUCGUUACUCGCAAAGGACUCGGAGGCAUGGAAGAAACUGAGGAAAGCUACUCAGAGCAUAAUCCACCAUCACGGGUAUCAAACAUUGUCAAUAAGUACCACGAGAAGUAAAAUCAAGGACGGCCUUGUUCCGGUUCUUGAUCAUGUCGCAGAGGAAGGCACGACUGUUGACUUGCAAGAUGUGUUCUGGAGGCUUGCAUACGAUACAACUAUAGUUACCACAACUGGAUGUGAUGAUCCAAGAUCUCUCUCCAUUGAAAUGCCAGAGAAUGAGUCCGCUACAGCUCUCAACAAUAUAGGAGAAGGACUUAUAUAUAGGCAUGCUAAACCUAUAUUCUUGUGGAAGCUACAAAAAUGGAUCGGAUUUGGGAUAGAGAAGAAAAUGACAGAAGGUGGUGCCAUUUUUGAUCGAGUGUGUGCGGAGUACAUAUCAGCCAAGAGAGAAGAGAUAAAGAAAUCACAAGAAAAUAACCAAGAUCAUGUUGAUGGAGAAAAUGAAGAUAUUUUGGCAUCUCACAUAAAGCUUGAUACAACCAAGUACCAACUCUUGAAUCCUAUCAAUGAUAAAUUCCUAAGAGACACUAUCGUAGGUUUCUUAUUAGCUGGGAGAGAUACCACUGCAUCUGCUCUUACUUGGUUCUUCUGGCUUUUGUCCGAAAACCCUAGAGUGGUGACCAAGAUUCGCCAAGAGAUUGACACAAUUCUACCAAGAGGUAGUAGUGGCCAAGAAAGUUCGUCUAAUGAUCCAAUGGAGUGCUUGAACAAGUUAGUGUAUUUGCAUAGCGCAUUGUUUGAAACAAUGAGGCUUUACCCUCCAGUUCCUAUCGAGCGUGUGUCUCCUGUAAAAACAGAUGUGCUUCCAAGUGGCCAUAAAGUGGAAGCAAACUCGAAGAUUUUGAUCUUCAUUUAUGCGGUGGGUAAGAUGAGAACCAUAUGGGGAGAAGAUGCAUUAGAGUUCAAGCCAGAGAGAUGGAUUUCAGAGACUGGAGCGUUGAGACAUGUACCUGCAUUCAAGUUCUUAGCAUUCAAUGCCGGCCCGAGAAAUUGUCUAGGUAAACAAAUAGCUAUGAUUCUAAUGAAGAUUGUGGUGGUGGAGAUAUUACAAAACUACGACAUUAAGGUUGCUAAAGGGCAGAAGAUCCAACCAUAUGCUAAUAUAAUUCUUAGAAUGAAGCAUGGACUUAAAGUUACAAUUAACAAGAGAUAGAUUUUCUAAGAUACAUACUCCCUAUGUAUCACAAAGAUAGAUUUUCUAAGUUUUUCACCAAGAUUAAGAAACAAUA